UGUGUGUGGUGUUAUCAAAAGGCUGGGACUCGCUGCCACCUCCUACAUUAUCCAUCAGUGUACUGUACAUCAAGUGAUAUCUUUAUUAUUUACCUAGGAAGUAAAACCGCUGACAAAUACCAUUAAAAGUGCUUGAAAACCAAAGUUCAUUAUGUUGUGGAAGAUUGUCAGUGAUGAUCCGUGAAGAUAAUGAGGAUUUGAAGUUACUGAAGUCUGAAGGGAAAUCACACCUCACCGCCUCUGAGAUACCUCGCUGUAGCAUGUGGACGUUGAAGCUGAGGAGGUGGAGAAACAGCGAUCAUGCUUCCACUGUCCUCGGUCUCUUCAGGUACCUGCCUUACGUGGCGUGUGUGGUAGUGCUCAAGGUGUACGUGGUGAUGCUGCUUGUUAACUCCAGGGAUCAGACAACACCCGCCUUUGAGGACUAUGACGAUGACUACAGUGUCCAACAGGAGCUGAGGACGACGACCCCCACAACAACGACGGAAGAGCCUGGGUGGCGAGAGAAACAAGAAGUGUUGUUACGCCUCAAUGAUACGGUCAUCUCGCCCUCCGCAAAUAACCGCACCCCGGAUACCAUUUGGCUCUUCUUCAACCGCAUCCCGCGUACUGGAGGGCAGACGUUGGUGUCCCUGAUGAAGUCCCUGUCAGCGGACCUCGAUUACCAGCACCAGGAGCACGUCUACAGGACGCCUUGGCAGAGACUGAUGAGUGAAGACGAGCAGAAGAAUUUAGCUACCUGGUUUGAGUACAACUUUUGGCCCAAGAGUUAUGAUCGCUUCUCCCUCUACAUCAACUUCACUCAACACAGGAGCCAGUAUGUGACCCUCCGACCAGCUUACAUCACAGUGGUGAGGGACCCGGUGGAGAAGUAUAUCUCUUACUUCCGGUUCAAGCGUGUGGACCAUGAGAGGGUGAAGCUGGAGAUGGCGGUCAAGGAGAAGCAGAGACCAGGGAGUGGUCGGACGUGGUAUUGGAAGAAAUUGGAGGAGUGUGUGUCAGGGGACGACCCGGAGUGUGACUUUAGCCCAGGCAGUCGCAGCUUUUCCUCUGCUGUCCCAUUCUUCUGCGGCCAAUACGAACAGUGCCUGAAGCUGGGUGACCCAUGGGCGCUGCAGAAGGCGAAGUACCAGGCGGAGUACGAUUACUCAGUAGUGGGCCUGGCGGAGGAGUGGAACACGACCUUGGCUGUCCUGGAGGAGUACCUACCCAUGUUCUUCCAGGGCGCCCGUCAGCGUUACUGGAGCCAGGAGUUCGAAGCAGAGCGGCAGGUGAACAAGAACCCAAAGAAGUACUCGGAGGUGCCAGAGAAGAUCAUCAAACUGCUGAAGGAGAGGAUGGGUCCAGAGUAUGAGCUCUACGAGUUCCUGCGUCAACGUCUUCACCUGCAGUAUAAGCACAUUGCCAGCAGGCUGGCUGCCCCAACCACCGCCUUCACCACCACAUCUAAUGUUCCCCGUUUUGCCAUCUGGGACAGAAUGGAUAUUGAAUUCAGUAAUUAGGAGGUCUGACCGCCUUCACAUCAGUACGAUUCUACAAAUAUUUGUUUAUUUGUGUUAUUAUUUCUACUACUAAUAAAAGGACGUGUCUGAU